CAUGUUUAUCGAAUAUUCCUACAAUCGGGUUUCGGGCGAGUGCAAGCCGCGUCCGAAUUGUCCAGAGCGGCGGAAAUUCGGCCCCGCGUCGGCCCCCGCCGUGCCCUGUCGCCCCGAGUCGCCGUCGCUGGGCGCGCGCCGCCGUGAGUGGCGCCAAGGGUGCUCGCGGCGCCAGGCAAGCCCUUUCUCCAGCCAGAACCGAGAGUGCCAAUCUAUGUAGUUCGGUUCCGGACUCGCCAUGUGCAGCUGAUACCGAUUCUGAGGCCACUUGGACAUGCGUUAGCUUCACAGGACCGAGAUGGAGGAAGAACUGGAGGCGUUGGAGGCGCUACAGGGCUCGGGCGAGGAGGAGGAUGUGGAUGAGGCGUCCAACGGCCACUGGUUCGACGAGCGCGCCUUCUUAGCUCGCAACAACUGCCGCCGCCGACUGUCCGAGUGUCGUGAGGAGGAGGAAGAGGAGGAAAACGCGGCCUCGGAGCCGCUGAGCACCAACGGCGGCAGCAGCUCGGCCUCCGGGGGCGGCCACUGUGGCCCCAAGCGGCACCACUCAGCCGAGGACAAUGGCGGGCGGCUGAAGGCGGCGCCGCGACGCCACCACUCGAGUGGUGGCUCGGCCGACUCGAUUCCACCCUCGUGCAGCUCACCACUGCACAUGGACAAGCGUUAUGUUGACCUGAGUCUAGUUGAGCUCAGGUCACUCGCCUCCUCGUGCUCCACCCUGGACUCGAGCGACGACGUCUGGGUCAUGCGCAGCACGGACAGCAAGGAGCUGGGCUCUCAGCCUCUGCCGGUGAUAGUGACGGAGGACGUCGAUGGGACUACAAUGUCGCACCAUGACAGUCUCCCUCCCCUCAGACCUCGUGCUGGCACAUGGGGUCACGCGCGUCACGCGCACCCGCCUCCGCCGCCACCCUCAGCCUCCACCAGUGAAAAAAGCAAGGACAGUCGACAGAGACGAAAGUCUGGAGAUGACAUUCUCACGUCGUCACCUUCCAAGAAGCCGAUCCCUUUAUUUGAAUCCUUCAGACCCAGAUCCAAGUCCGAUGCAUCUAAAAACAAGAGGCCUACAAUUAUCAGCCACAUGAAGAGCGCCAUGCAGCACUCGCUGAUGGCGGCAACAAGAGAGCCAAGCCUUCCCGAGUCGCCAGGCCCCUCUUCAGCCAACCAGGCGUCUGAUCUCCGGCCACGACCACGCUCUGGCUCAGAAAGCUCCAAAGGCGCAGUGUCCAAGGUGAUCGACAUGUUCCGCUAUAGAUCGCACAGCGCCUUGUCAGCUGAUGACAAAAGAAAAGCGAGAGCAGCAGCACACCAGCAGCAUGUGGCCGCAGCACAAAGUGCGAUGCUGCGACGGGGCUCGUUGGACCCCACAAACCGGCGACUAUCUUUGGGCACUGGUUCAGCGCACAGAAGCAAUUCCAGCGAGUGCUCCCUGCUUGACCCAGCGCACGCGGCAAUCCUAUUCAGGGACUCUAGAGGGUUGCCAGUGGCCGACCCUUUCCUCGAAAAAGUCAACAUGGCUGAUUUGGAGGAGGACGAGAGCCAGAUCUUUGUCAAGUUCUUCCGUUACCACAAGUGCUACGACCUGAUUCCAACCAGCGCCAAGUUGGUUGUUUUCGACACCCAGCUGCUUGUAAAGAAGGCCUUUUUCGCCCUGGUUUACAAUGGGGUCAGGGCAGCACCAUUGUGGGACUCGAAGCAGCAGCUGUUCGUCGGCAUGCUCACAAUCACCGACUUCAUCAAAAUCCUGCAGCGAUACUACACCAGCCCAUCUGUGCACAUGGACGAGCUGGAGGAGCACAAGCUGGAGACGUGGCGUGGCGUGCUGCAGGAGGAGGUGAAGCCGCUCGUGUCCAUCGGUCCAGACGCCUCGCUCUAUGACGCAAUCAAGACGCUCAUCCAGAAACGCAUCCACCGACUGCCCGUCAUUGACCCUGCCAAUGGAAACGUGCUCUAUAUUCUUACCCACAAGAGAAUCCUCCGCUUCCUCUUCCUUUAUAUCAAUGACCUGCCAAAGCCGACCUACAUGCACAAACCGCUGAGCGAGUUGCGCAUUGGCACCUACGACAACAUCGAAACGGCGAGGCCGCACACGCCAAUCAUCGAAGCGUUGCACAAAUUUGUGGAGCGCCGAGUGUCUGCUCUUCCCAUCGUUGACGAUCAGGGCAGGCUGGUGGACAUCUUCGCCAAGUUUGAUGUGAUUAAUUUGGCAGCUGAAAAGACGUACAACAACCUGGAUGUGUCACUGCAAAAAGCCAACGAACACCGCAACGAGUGGUUCGAGGGCGUGACCAAGUGCAAAUUGGAUGAGACUUUGUUCACUGUCAUGGAGAGGAUAGUCAGAGCUGAGGUGCAUCGACUGGUGAUCGUGGACGACGAGGAUAAGGUGAUCGGAGUGGUGUCGCUUUCCGACCUGCUGACCUACCUGGUCCUGAGGCCAGGUGGCGAGCUGGAGGAUGAGCCGCUUCUCAGCUCCAUUUCGCUGCUGUCCGACUCCGAGACAAUUCCCGAGGAGAGCCAAGAGGAUGAGGCGUCCGAGGAGGCACCCCCGGAAGCAGCGUCUCCGCCACUUCCGCAGUGGCGGGAGGUGGCCGUCUCAGGAGGCGGAGAGUGAACGAUCCUCUUGCUGCGGCAAGGACACGAUUUGCACGCACAUUCCAGUUGCAUUCCCAGCAAUAAAGUUAAAAAGAAAAAUCCGAUAAGUGCAGUGAAGAACAUUUUUCCUCCCUAGCAGCGCUUUUCUUUGUAUAUUUUCUUGGCAAAUCCGGUUUUCGUCUGACAAGAUUGAGUCGACGCGGUCUGAAAUGUAACAGAUAAAAUUGUGAGAAAUUAUUGUGUUGGAAACUUAAGCUGAUUUUUAAGAGAACAAGAAGAGCUGUUGUUUCAGUGAUUUGAAAUUUUUUGUGAAAAUGAACACAUUUACUUCUUAUUUUAAACCUUGUUGGUCGUAGAAAAUUUUUGUAAAUCAAUUAUAAAUAGAAAGCGCAUACAAACCAA